ACCAAGAAAAAAAGAAACCAGUAUCAUCAGCGAGCCGUCGCCGGAGUUUCACUCUCGCCGUUGGCCCAAAAGAAGCGGUUGAACAGAUCAAAAUGGUCUCGUCGGCUAUAGUGAACACAUACCCACUCUCUAGCUAUACAUUUGGUACGAAAGAGCAUAAAAUGGAGAAGGAUACAUCCGUUGCCGAUCGCCUUGCUCGUAUGAAAGUCAACUACAUGAAGGAGGGAGUAAGGACAAGUGUUGAAGGAAUUCUCUUGGUACAAGAACAUAACCAUCCUCAUAUUCUUCUUCUGCAAAUUGGGAACACAUUUUGCAAGCUCCCAGGUGGACGCCUAAAGCCAGGAGAAAAUGAAAUCGAGGGUUUGAAAAGGAAACUCUCCAGCAAACUUGCAGCUAAUCCUCCUGCCAAUCAGCCAAAUUGGAAGAUAGGUGAGUGCGUGGCCACCUGGUGGAGGCCGAACUUUGAAACCAUAAUGUAUCCAUACUGUCCUCCACACAUAACAAAACCUAAGGAGUGUAAGAAGCUCUACCUUGUUCACUUAUCUGAAAGAGAGUACUUUGCUGUCCCCAAAAAUCUAAAACUUCUUGCUGUGCCAUUGUUUGAGCUUUAUGACAAUGUUCAGAGAUAUGGACCUGCAAUAUCUACAAUUCCUCAACAGCUUUCCAGAUUGCAGUUCAACAUGAUCCAUCAAUAGAUAGUAGAUGGACAUUCAAGUUCUCCUCCGGGAUAAAAUGGCAUCAAAAUGAUUUGGUUUGGUUCCCAUAGUUUGAGGGUGACUGAGGCCUACUCCAUGUAAUUUUAUAGCAUAAACUUAUACAUGUAUAUGUGUAUUUAAAAAUUUUAAUUGCCCAUACAUAUAUAGCUUCUGCUUUGAAAACACAUAGAUACAUAUACAUACAGUUGACUACAAAUAAAAUUACACUCUGAUACUUCA